AUGAAGCAGGAGACCCAACAAGGGAAACCGUGUGCUUGUGAGGGACUACCGUCCAGGGAUCGAAAAUGGACUGUUGGAGUUGUCCUCAAAAGGAUCGCGAGUCUUUCACCGGCGCUAGGCACCACACCGGAACAGCAGUCAGACAUGACAGAACACCUCUGUGACGUUCGUUACACUACAUCAACACAUCUGCAAAUUGCCAAGAUUGUUCGUGGCCCACUGGGUUAUGGCCGCAGUCAGGAAAGCCAUAUCCGAAUUGAUCGCUUCCAGCGCCUUGGUCAGGGUACACCAUUGGAGGAUAGUCAAAUGGGUGCCAGAAUGGUCAUAAUCCUGGGUCUCGGAGAAGAGGGUAGCGCAGUGACGCCUCGAAAUGUAAGAAACGGUCGAACAGAUGAAAAGGUCCAAAUGAUGACUAAAUCAGUACACUUGUCAGAUCUGCGCACUGGGGUAACGGGUCGAAUCGGCUAA